CCACCGGGGCCCUGCCCUCUCCCUCUGUGUUCACCUUACAUGCUGAACCCUGAAAAGCACCUGAGGGCCCACAGGGACAUAACUGCUGGCCGGAUUCAGGCUGAACUGCUGUCCUUAAAGCGGAUGACGGCCCUUAAAUUGCUGGCAGAAUUGAGGGCCAGUAACCCCACACCUCCGAUGGUGUCCUUAUUGGACAUCUCGGAUGCAGAUGAGGACCCAGAGGAGGGGGUUUCUGGCCUUUGCAGGAACCAAACGUGCAUGAAUGCCAGGGUAAGGGUCCGUGAGCUGGAACGGAAGCUGGACGCCGCGACGCGUCUCAACGCUGACCUCACCAGACAGCUGAGGGAGCUGAAGAAGGCAGCUCUGGGUCGCCAGGGCCCGAGCCUUGGGCAGCUGCUUGCGCAACCCCCUGCAAGUAGCUCCUCAUCUGGGAGUGAGGAGGAGGAAGAGGAGGAGCAGCAACCACCACAGCAGCGGCCCGCUGCCCUGCUCCACCCUCAGACAGACUCCUCCUCUGGGACUGAGGAGGGGGAGGAGGAGGAAGAGGAGGAGCAGCAGCAGCAGCAGCCCCCUGCUCCGGUCCUUCCUGGCUCUGAUUCAGAGGAAGAGGAGGAGGAAGAUGAGCCGGAGGAAGAUGAGCCACGGCUGCUGCUGAAGAGGGUGAACAAGCAAAGACACCUUUCCUCUCCCCCUCAGGUGAGAAGAUAAUAGAUUAGUGUAAUUCAUUGUCAUUAUCAUUUUGCCCAAGUCCAAAGUAUUUACCUUAUUUCAACUCCCGGCAGAAGAAGGAGG